CUCCACAUCCUCUUCUCUAUAAAGAGCGGCUCACUCCAAGGCCCACCUUCAUCUCUCUCCACGAGCGAGCAGAUCUCCUCGGCAUCACUACCACCACCACCACCACCACUAUAACCAUCAUCAUCAGCAGCAGCAUCGGAAUCAACAUCAGCAUCAUCAUCAGCAGCGACGAUGUUCUCUUCACGCUCCACGAGCAGCGUAAAUCUAGGCGGUAAUCGCCGUAGCUAUUCGGCCAGCCUGCACGGUGGUGGUGGCGGUGGUGGCUAUGGUGGUGGUAGCAUAUCGCGCGUGUCCUACUCCAACGUGGGCAGUGGCUACGGAGGAGGAUUCGGAGGCAGCUUCGGCGGCGGUGGUGGCUACGGCGGUGGUGGCUACGGCGGCGGUGGCUCGGUGGGGUUCAGCAACUUCAACGUGAGCGGUCUCAGCGGCGGGGACGAGAAGCUCGAGAUGCAGGGGCUCAACGAUCGCCUGGCCGGGUACAUCGAGAAGGUAAAGUUCCUGGAGGGAGCCAACCGCGAGCUGGAGCUGAAGAUCAAGGAGAUGCUCAAGGGCAAGGGAGGCUCCUCCAAGGACUACAGCGGCUACUACAAGAUCAUGGACGACCUGCGCGCGAAGAUCCUGGUUCAGAUCCUGGAGAAUGCUCGAAUCAGCCUGGAGAUUGACAACGCGAGGCUGGCAGCUGAUGACUUCCGCACAAAGUGGGAGACGGAGCUGGCUCUGCGCAGCUCCGUGGAGGCUGACAUCAACAACCUGCGUGGACUGCUGGACGAGUACAACAUGGCGCGCAUGGGCCUCGAGGGCGAGAUCGAGAGCCUGAGGGAGGAGCUACACUUCAUGCGAAAAAACCACGAGGAGGAGCUGGCCGCUCUUCGGGCUCAGCUGGAGGGCUCCUCAAUGUCGGUGGAGGUGGACAGCGCCAAGGGGGUGGACCUCAGCAAGAUCCUGGCAGAGAUCCGGGCUCAGUACGAGGCCAUGAUCGCCAGGAACCGCGUCGAUCAGGAGGAGGCCUUCAAGAAGCAGGUAGAGACGGUGAAGGUGUCCUCGGUGCAGCAGAGCCAAGCGGCCAACUCGGCCAAGAGCGAGGUGGUGGAGACUCGACGCGCCAUGCAGUCACUGCAGGCUGAGCUAGACUCCCUGCGCGGGCUGGUGCGUUCACUCGACGACCAGCUCCAGGACACGGAGGACCGCAACGCGCGGGAGCUCUCCAGCUACACCAUCAUCAUCCAGCGCCUCGAGGGGGAGCUCAACAACAUGCGUGGAGAUAUCAACAGGCAGCUCAAGGACUACUCGGACCUCCUCAACAUGAAGAUGAAGUUGGAGGCGGAGAUCGCCACCUACAGGCGCCUGCUGGAAGGGGAGGACAGCCGGUACGGUGGUGGUGGUGGUGGUGUGGGUGGUG